CCCCAGAACCCAACUGGAUUACAACCGGUUACACGCGAUAUUUAUACCAGCCUUCAAAUCAACGCGAUUUCUUCAAAUUCAUGCAGCAGAUAAACACGGUGCUGAACCUAAAUAAUCACCAGAAACUGCCUCGUCAUGCUGGUCUAAUCUUCAACGUUCCAAAAAGAGAAUCUAUAAAUAUGCGAAUCUCUCAUUUGAAAUGGCUAGUACAGUUACUGCUUUCGAAAAAUUCACUUCUGAUACAGAGCACCACGCGGAUUCUUGUUUUCAACAAGAAAACCAAACUAUACGUUAUGGAAGUCCUGGAUGUGAUUACGGGUCUGGCCAUAGUAGCUUCUCUCAUUUAUCUGUACGUGGCGAGAUUGCAAACAUACUGGGCCCGGAGAAAUGUUCCGCACUUGAAGCCGGAAUUUUUCUACGGAAACACCAAAACCCUGGACCGCACGGAACAGAUUGGAUUGUUAUUUGCGCGUUUCUACAAAGAGCUGAAAGGUUUGGGCCCAAUCGCAGGAGUGUACAUGUACGCCAAACCGGUUGCGGUAGUGACCGAUUUGGACCUGGUUCGCAACAUAAUGGUGAAAGAUUUCCAGUACUUCACGGAUCGAGGGAUGUACUUCAAUGAAAUACCAGAUCCACUGUCAGCUCACAUGUUCAGUUUACCCGGAGCCAAGUGGAAGGAGCUGAGACAGAAACUGACGCCCACGUUCACUUCCGGGAAGAUGAAAAUGAUGUUUGGAACAAUUAUGGCAGCGGCAAAACAGUUUAACGAUUUUCUAGGUGAAAAAGUCGAACAAGAAGCUGAGAUUGAGUUGAAGGAUCUGCUGGCUCGUUUCACAACGGAUGUGAUUGGAAUGUGUGCGUUCGGAAUCGAGUGCAACACAAUGAAGGAUCCUGAAGCUCUGUUCCGUACAAUGGGAAAAAAGUUUUUUGAUGAUCAGCGAGGUCAAAUAAAAAAUGUGCUUCAUAAUUUUGCACCGAAGCUAGCGAAAAAACUGGGUGUAAGAGUAGUUGAUAAAGAUGUGGCAGACUUUUUCCUCGGUGCGGUUCGCGAAACCAUCGACUUCAGACUAAAGAACAAUAUUAAGAGGAAUGAUUUUAUGGAUUUACUAAUUCAGAUGAGAAAUCCCGAUGAGAAGAAAAGCGGCGAAGGACUGUUGUCGUUCAAUGAAAUUGCUGCACAGGCGUGGGUUUUCUACAUCGCUGGAUUUGAAACCAGUUCGACAUUGCUAACUUGGACACUGUACGAACUGUCGUUGAAUCAGGACGUUCAAGAAAAGGGUCGCCAACAUGUUUUGGAUGUUUUGUCCAAACAUGAUGACCAAAUAACGUACGAAUCUGUGAACGAUAUGACAUAUUUGGAAAACAUUUUGAAUGAGGGUCUUCGCAAAUAUCCCCCGGUACCGGUUCACUUCCGCGAAGCUGUCAAAGACUACCAGGUACCAAACACAAAAAUCGUCAUCGAAGCCGGCACUCGAGUCAUUAUUCCCGUGUUCGGAAUCCAAAACGACCCAGAAGUGUUUCCAGAUCCAGAACGGUUUGAUCCGGAUCGAUACAAUCCUGCACAGGUAAAGGAAAGACAUCCAUUUGCGUGGACCCCAUUCGGGGAGGGUCCCCGCGUUUGCAUCGGUCUUCGGUUUGGAAUGCUGCAGGCUAAAAUAGGUUUGAUCCAUCUGCUGAAGAACUAUAGAUUUUCCAUCGGUGAAAAGUGCAAAGUUCCAAUUGGUUAUCAUGUAGAGAGCAUCACUCUGGGACCGAAAGAAGGGCUAUGGUUGAAUGUGCAAAAAGUUUGAGAAAGAGGACACCGUUUUUCAAAUGAAACAUAUAAAUUAACAAUAUCUUUCUCUAGUGGUUGAUAUAUUAACGGUAUUUCAACAUAAUCAAACAUGAUUAAUUUAUGUUGUGAUUUAAUAUAAAUAUGGACAAUAAGUUUUAAUUCAAAAAUUAACCGAUUGUAAACGAUAGGAACCAAUAGAAAUAGUGACAACCAGGACAAAAUAAACCACUUAUAAUAUUAAAAAGGGUAAUAUCUAGCAUAGGUACAUUGAAAUUGAAAACAUAAUCAGCAGUAUUAAUGGUACUGUUUGGUUUGAUAGUUUUUCGUGCUAAGUUCUAUUAGUAAUCAAAUAAAAAAAAACCAAUGAGCGAAUAUUUUCAGUUAGUUUUAUUUGUUUCGGUUAUAAUUGUAAAUAAUUCUUUUUCUUAUUAUAAUGAAAACAAUACCGUGAAAAAAGGUAAAAAAGGCAAAAAAGGUUUUAGGGAAAAUAAAACUACAACAAUAUGACAAAUAGUUUGAGAAAGAAGUAGGGUAACAGAGAUAUUUUGGCCCACUUUAGGAUUAAUUUUAUGUUGACCCACUUUGUAAAAAUAUCCACCAAAUGAUGUAAUAUCUUUGAAAACCCCUUCCGCAAUAGGUAAUUAAAUGUGAUUAGCUUCAAAUUGAUGCAACCUGGGUUACUUAACACCGGUUAAAUCCAUCUAAAGUUUGUAAGGUGGUCCAAAAUAUAUGAAGUAGCUAAAA